AUGAAGGAAUAUCGUCAAAGUUGGAAUUAAGAUGUAAUUAUUAUAAAUAAAUUUCAGGAGGAUCAAUAGCUAUAAGAAUUAUACAAGGUUUAUGGUGAUAAAUGGAAAAAGAUUGCUGAGUUACUGCACUUACAAUAGAAAUCGCAAGGAAAGAUUAGAACUGCAGCCGCUUGUAGGGAGAGGUAUCAAAAUAUUCUUAAACCUACUUUAAAUAAAAAUCUAUGGACAAGGGAAGAGGAAGAAAAAUUAUUUUCAUUAUAAAAACUCUAUGGGAAUUGCUGGACUAAAAUUACAGUAAAGAUGAGAAAUCGAUCAGAACUGAUUUGCAAAAACUAUUUUUAUGCAACCAUCAGGCGAGUACUGAGAAGAUUGAGCAAGUAAGUCGGCAUCUUAAAACGUAAUAAAAUUAUUUUGUAAUUUAGCUUCUCAAAUGUUAAAAUCUAUAAAGCCCAGUGUCUUAAUGAGCAUAUACUUGGAAGACAACUAAGAAACUCAGUUGGUUUUUAAUUAGGAAGUACGUCUAAAAUUAAAGUAAUUGAUCACUAAAUAUUAAUUUAUACAAAAAGAAGAAAAUAUAUCAUUAGAUAGUGAGGAAACAAAAAAUAUUAGAUAAUUGAUUAGAGAUUUAGUUGAUGCUAAGUAUAGAUCAUCAUAUAAAUUAGUAUUUAGUAUUUAGAGUUUAAAGGACGGUUUCAAAUAUAAAAAAAAAAUAAACUGAAAAUUUUGAUUAAUAAUGAAGAAUCACUAAAGGAGCAAGAAAAUAUAGUAAAAAGAAUUAGGUUAUAAAAAAAUGUGUUUGUAAUGAAAUAUCGAGAUUCUCAAAAUUAAAUACAGAAAAAAGCGUAAACUCUUAAGGAUAGCUCUUGUAAUGAAAACAAGGGUUUUUAAAACUAGAUAGCAAAUUAGAAUUCUUAAAUUCCUGAAAGUUAUUUUUCAAAUUAAUAAUACUUUAAUCCCUAAUAAAACUCAGCUUAUUUCCAAAACUAUAUGGUUUACUCUAAAUAUAAUGCGUAAUAUCAGUAUGGAAAUUUCUUUGAUCCCUACUCGUACUUUCAUUAUUAAUACAGUCCUUACCCAUUUCAAUUUUAAUAGAGGAUUUGA